AUGACAGAACCAGCGUGGCGAACUCGAGGCGAGGCCAAACGGCAGUCCAUUCUCAAUGCAAUCCCUGAGAAAUGGCGACUGCAGGACCCAGUCCCUCCAGCUACCGAGCUCCGUGAUGUCACAGGUUAUAUUCGGCAAUACCUGACAGGCCGUGAGAUCGAGAUUACAGAGAAAGACGCAGUUGACAUUGCAGCCCAAACCACCACGGGAAAUUGGACCGCUGUCGAAGUCACAGAAGCCUUCUGCCACCGAGCUGCCCUUGCUCACCAGCUCGUAAGCUGCCUCCACGAAAUUCUCUUUGAAGCAGCCAUCGAAGAAGCAAAAGCCCAAGACGCCUACUUUACAGAACACAAAGCACCCAAAGGCCCCCUGCACGGCCUCCCAAUCAGUCUAAAAGAUCAAUUCCACAUCAAAGGCGUGGAAACAACAAUGGGCUACGUGGGCUGGAUAAACACCUUCGAAGGCCUCUCCAACGAUCCCCGCCGCUGCACAGAAGAAAGCGAACUCGUCCGCGAACUCCGCAACCUGGGCGCAAUCCUCUACUGCAAGACCAGCGUGCCAGCUACCCUCAUGUGCGGCGAAACCGUCAACAAUAUCAUUGGCUAUACCUGGAAUCCCAAGAACAGGCUUCUUUCUUCUGGUGGUAGUUCUGGUGGUGAAGGGGCGCUUAUUGCGUUGCGUGGUUCACCUGCUGGUUUUGGGACUGAUAUUGGGGGUAGUGUGCGUAUUCCUGCUGGGUUUAAUGGGCUUUAUGGGUUGCGUCCUUCUUCUGGGAGGAUUCCGUAUCAAGGUGCCGCGAAUUCGAUGGAUGGGCAGGGGACUAUUCUUUCUGUUAUCGGGCCGUUGGCUACCACUGCGAGGUCGCUGACUAUGCUUGUUAAGGCUGUUCUUUCGCAGAGUCCUUGGUUGCAUGAUCCGCUUGCGUUGGAGGUGCCGUGGCGUGAUGAUGUUGUUCUGCUGACCAAGUCUUUGAUUGAUCAGUCUGCUGCUGGGGGUGGUUCAUCGCUUGCUUUUGGUGUUAUGAAGUGGGAUGGUGUUGGUCCUGUUCAUCCGCCUAUUGCGCGUGGUAUUGAGAUUGUGGUGAAGACUUUGCAGAGGCUUGGUCAUAGUGUUGUUGAGUGGAAGCCUCCUUCUCAUGCUACUGCUAUGGAGCUGUGUGGCAAAACAUUCGAUAUGGACGGCGGUACAGACUUCAGACACCAUUUCAGUCUUUCCGGCGAAGAGCAAGCUCCGCAGGUUAUUGUUGCCAAAGAUGGCAAGGUGAUGAAUGUUUCCGAGCUUGCUGCUCACAACAUUUCCAAGCGCGUCUAUCAGAAACAGUACAUGGACUACUGGAACAGCACAGCUGAGCUCACAGGCACAGGCCGCCCUGUGGAUGGAGUUUUCUGUCCACUGGCACCACAUGCGGCCGUUAUUCCGACUCAAUACGAGCAUGUUGGAUAUACUGGCUUCGUGAAUGUGCUGGACUAUACUAGUCUGGCGAUUCCGGUUACCUUUGCUGAUAAGACGAUUGACGUGCGUCCAGCUGAUGGCUCCGCGGAUGAGUCAGGUUAUAUCAAGUGGGACUAUGAUGCCGAGACCUAUGAUGGGGCUCCAGUCGGAGUGCAGUUUGUUGGCAGAAGAUUGCAGGAGGAGAAGAUGCUGACUUUGGCUGAGUAUCUGGGUGAGGAGAUUGCUCGAGAGGCGAAAUGA